ACCUCGGGCAGAAACAGGCCUGGCUGCUGGAGGGACUGAGCACUCAGAGCACGAGGGAGCCGAGAGGAGAGAGAAGAGGAGCCAGAGAGGCCCAGGGCAAGGCAAACACAGAUCAAGACAGCGUGCAGCCAGGCAGGGAAGGUGCCAUGAAAGGCGUCAUUUUCCCAGUAGCUAUUAUGCUUCUGAUGCUGGCACACAGCUCCCAGCCUGUCUAUGUCAAGGAGGGGGAAUUCUCGUUCCCGCUAGAGGCUGUGAAGAAGCUGAAGGAACUCUUGGAUGUGGAUGCCAGAUCCAAGCCCCAUAUGAUGGCUAGGACAAGUUUCAUUCCUGUGUGUUCAAGGCCCGAACUGCCCAAGGAAUUUCAGGAUGUCUGUAAGAGGGAAGAUGUGCCCCUCAUUUUUCACAGGCUGAACUUGGCUGUCCAGGACAUAGACAUUUGUGAGAUCUGCGCCAAUGCAGCCUGCGCUGGUUGUCUCUAGGAAGGAUGAAACCAAGAAUGUGAGGCCAGCCAACCCCUGCAAUCCCGGCAUGUAUCCUGCAGCAUCGUUUGCACCAGCACUGUCGUUUGCUCUUUUAGGCUUCCCAUCCACCUGCUUUGUUUCUAACUUAUGUGGCUCAGGGGAAUGACUGAGCCGUGCUCCUGGGGGACGCAAGUGCUGGUGGGCAGCACUGUCAGUGGGAGAGCUUUGCAUGCCAGCACAGCUCCUGCCUGGCACUCAGGCAGCUUUCUUAUGCUGACAGGAGAGCUCUUCCCCCGAAGCUCUCCAGGGGAGAGUCACCCUGAGACUCCUGAACAACGUUUCCUCCCAACCUGGCCCAUGGAUGGGGUGAGGGGAGAGAACGGGGGCUGUUGUUCUGGGGCCCGAUGAUACAAAGGUGCCUGGAGCUCCUGGCCACCGCUACUGUGGGAGUGGCCGUGGCUGGAGCCCGGGCCUUUAAUGGAGCAUUGUGGAGCCCCGUGCUUCUUGGCCUGUCCUCAGAGGCCAAGGAGAGCAAUUUGUUUCCCUCCUCCUUGUGACACCUUUUUAGACACCUGAAAACCGCUCUCGUGUCCCCUCCCGGCCUUCUCCUUUCCAGACUAAACAAGCCCAGUUCUUUCAGUC